AUGAAAGCAGCAAUUCUUACUGGAAAUCCCGAAAACAACUGGACGGAAAUUAAGGAUAUUCCCAAACCUAAAAUAAGAGACGAUCAAAUCUUGAUCAAGCCAAUUGCGUAUGCUGCAAAUCCAACCGAUUGGAAGCAUAAUUCGCCUGAAUUUGCUGGCAAUGUUUGUGGUUCCGAUGCCAGUGGAUAUGUUGAAGAGGUAGGAUCGAAAGUGACUGGAUUCGAAGUGGGAGACAUUGUUUCUGUCACUAUGCAUGGAGGUUACAACAAGGACAAUUCUGCCUUUGCAGAAUAUGUAGCAGCCGUUCCUGGAUUCACCAUCAAGUACGACAAAAAUAUUGUGAAGGAUGCAAAAUUGAAGGUUGGGGAUUACGAAGGUGGAAUAAUCACCAAUUUCGAACAGGCAGCUUCGGUCACAUUGGGUUUGACGACUGUAAUUUUGUCGUUUGUUGGUUUGAUGAACAUCAGCAAAGAUGUUCUGACCAACAAAGGUAAGUCAAUUCUUAUCUGGGGAGGUGCCACGGCCACGGGGAUUUUGGCGAUUCAAAUGGCCAAGAUUGCUUUUGGUCUUAAAGUCAUUACCACAGCUUCCAAGAAGAACCAUGACUAUUUAAAGGGCCUUGGAGCAGACGUUGUUUUUGAUUACAACGAUUCCAAUGUAAUCGAGGCUAUUAAGGCUGAGGCUGGCGACUCCAUUGCUUAUGCCUUAGACACAGUUUCCAGCACACAUACUUUCCAACAAACUUACGAUGCAACUGCCAACUCGAAACAUGUUGAACUCGAUAACUUGCUCUCGCUCGAUAAGAGCAAAAUCAAGACAGAUUCUUCCAGAUCGGUUUCCUUUCACGCAACCAGCAUGUACGGUGCCACAGGAGACGCCUAUAGCAUUUGGGGCAUGGACUUCCCAACCAACCCUGUCUCCACAAAGAAAUAUCUUGACUAUUGGUUCAACGAACUUCCUCAAUACAUUCCCAAGAUCAAUUCUGCAAACUUGAAGGUCAUCAAGCCUGGAUUGGAAAGCGUUAACGAGGCUUUGCAGUUGUUGUAUGAUAACAAGGUGAGUGGCCAGAAAAUCGUUUUCAGGUCCCAAAUUUAA